CUUAAGAGCGCCUCGCUCGGCGUUUUACCAUGCCUCUCACCCCAGACCCUUUCCAGAACUCGGCGUUGGAUAAAGAUGAUUCCUACUUGGGAAAGUCGCGGGCUUCCAAGGUGCUUUUGAGCAGAGGGAAGUGGCGCUCUAGUCCAGAGGAACAAGGGGCACUUGCGGACCUAAGCAAUGAAUAGUAUGACGGGGCUUGCACAGGCCCAGAUUCCACCAAGCAACGCUUUGCCCUAUUUAGGAAACUCUUCUGUGAAGAGACGUGAGAAACUGCCAUGUAAAAACCCAACUCACCUUGCUCAGCAACAAGAACCCUGGUGUCGACUCAGCUCAACUCCCACAAUUACCUCCAUGAAACGGGAUGUUUUGUUUUUUUAUUCAGAGAUACCGAAGGAUGACCUGGAUUUCCGCUUAGCAGCCUUGUACAACCACCACACAGGGACAUUCAAGAACAAAAGUGAGAUACUCACACACCAGGAGACCAUCCAGGAUACCCGCAGAAUCAAGACCCAAUUCCCUGGAGAAUUUUUACCUGCUCCCCAACCACCUCCCAUCACUUCCAGAGCUAACAUCAGACAUUGGAUCAACCCUAAGAAGGAGUCUAUUCACAGCAUACAGGGAUCCAUAGUGUCCCCUCACACUGCAGCCACCAAUGGAGGGUACUCCCGAAAGAAUGAUGGUGGUUUCUUCUCCACCUAAGUGUUGACAGGCCCCUGGACUAAUUAAUCAUUAUGGAACAUCCCGCCGACCACCUCCAUUAAAUAGAUUUGUGUAAGUUGAA